AUGAGAUACGACGGCCAAGAACUGCUCCAAUCUGACGACUUCAGUAGGCCGGCGAAGGGAAUGGCCUAUCAUCCAUUCCUGCAGCUCCCGCGACCGACUGACUUCAGCGUCUCGUCGCUGUUGACCGCGGGUUCGCCGCCGUCAGCGCCAGCCCAGCAGCAGAACUCGCCGGCGGCGGCCGCCGCAGCCGCGGCCGCGAUCAACAUGGCGGCCACGGCGGCCGGUUCGGGGCCGCAUGGGGCCGGCGGGCCGCACUCCUACUUCCCGGCGGCAGCCCUUGCGGCCCUGUCGGGUGGUCCGGGUGGUGGGCCACCACCCUCGCAUCUUUAUCCGGGCGCUUUGCUGCCGAAAUUGCCACCCCAUCAUCCGCAUCCGCAUCAUCCGCUUGGGACGGCUUAUACGACGGCGGAGGAUGUGGUGUUGGCGGCGGUUGCCGCCCACCAGCAUCAUCCUGCCAUGCGACCUCUGCGCGCUAUGCAACCCGAGGACGACGGUGUCGUCGAUGACCCCAAGGUGACGCUCGAGGGCAAGGAACUGUGGGAAAAGUUCCACAAACUCGGCACCGAGAUGGUCAUCACCAAGAGUGGCAGGCAAAUGUUUCCGCAGAUGAAGUUCCGCGUGUCCGGCCUCGAUGCGAAAGCAAAGUACAUCCUGCUGCUGGACAUCGUGGCCGCGGACGACUACCGGUACAAGUUCCACAACAGCCGGUGGAUGGUCGCGGGCAAAGCGGACCCGGAAAUGCCGAAGCGCAUGUACAUCCAUCCGGAUUCCCCGUCAACCGGCGAGCAGUGGAUGCAGAAGGUGGUGUCGUUUCACAAGUUGAAGCUCACCAACAACAUUAGUGAUAAGCACGGAUUUGUUGGCGAUGCCUCCACCGUUUGGACAAUCCUGAAUUCGAUGCACAAGUACCAGCCUAGAUUUCAUUUAGUCCGAGCGAACGACAUACUGAAGCUACCGUACUCGACGUUUCGUACCUACGUGUUUAAGGAAACCGAAUUCAUAGCCGUAACUGCAUAUCAAAACGAAAAAAUAACGCAAUUGAAAAUAGAUAAUAAUCCUUUCGCCAAAGGAUUUCGUGAUACCGGAGCCGGCAAGCGGGAGAAGAAUAUGGGUUUCAGUUGCUCUGCUUUCAGGCAAUCGCUGAUCGGCCAGCGAAGCUCGGACGGUGACAAGCUAAGCCCAAGCUCCGUCAGCUCGUCACGUGGCCCAGCCGGGCUGGAUCACCGGACCAACAGCAUAUCAGCGCUGGACGACGACGACAAGCUGCUGGACGUGGUCGGUCCUCCUCAGAGUCCGCUGCUUUCGCUCAGCCAGCAGAUGCAUCACCACGCGUCAGGUUGGUUUAACUUCGAGGAUGUCCAGCGAGCGGAAGAAGCGAUGCGAAGGCGACUGCAGUCGGAUGAGAAUGAGCGAGACGGCAGCGAUUCGAACUGCUCGGACAGCGUGUCCGGGAGCACUGGUGCCUUUCGACCGACCUCGGGCAGCCCGAAGGAGUCCUCGAGCAGCGCCGGUACGUCCUACCCAUCGCCCAACAUCUCGGUGGGUCCCCCGAUCCACCCACCGCCCCACCUGCUCCCGUACCUCUACCCACACGGCCUGUAUCCGCCGCCGCAUCUGUCGCUGUUGCACAAUCCGGCCGCAGCGGCCGCCAUGAAUCCGGGGCUGCUGUUUAACGCUCAGCUCGCACUGGCCGCCCAACAUCCGGCCUUCUUCGGGCACUACUCGGGCCACUCGCCCACCUCCCCGUUGCACGGGUUGAAGGGCCACCGCUUCUCACCCUAUAGCCUCCCGUCCGGGCUUGGGUCGGCCUUCGACGCGGUCACACCCGGUUCCAACUCGGCUGGGGCGCGCAGUCUCAGCAGCAGUCCACAUCCGCGGGCCGCCUCCAACUCACCCCCGCCGACGCGCCCCAUCUCCGUCUCACCACCCACCCCUACCCACCAUCCGACCUCGCCCACGGUAGCCGAUUCCGCCGCAAACGCCGGUAACGCCGUCCCCUCGGCUCGAGAUCCUGUUCCGGCGCCACCACCGCCCGGUGUGCCGGUAUCCUCGCAGCAUCCACCACCGGCGGUACCUCCACCUCCCACAGGACAACCCGCCGCACCACCACUGCCACCGCCACCACCCCCACCGUCCGCGAACUCACCGUCCGAGCUGAAGAGCAUCGAGAAGAUGGUGAACGGGCUGGAGGUGAAGCACACGCUCAACGGAGGCCUAGUGCCGGGAGCCGGGGUAGACAGCAAUGGGGGCGUUGGGAAGGGGACGCCACUGCACCCCACCCACACCGCCCACGAUCAGUGACGCUUGGUGAGCGGCGAGUACCACUGCGAGCCGGCCGAGACGCCCCUGCUGGACGUGGUCGGUGGCGAUUCCGGUCCAAACCUCGACCAGGGCAUGUGACAGCUGGCGAUUGGGGCGCCGGAUGUGCUGCGGUUUGGUACGGCGUAGGCACGGG